CCAACACAUCUUUCACCUUGCCAUACCGGCCAAAAGUUUAGCCCGACACCAAAGCCAGCUCCACAGCAUUCGACGCUGAGCCGCGUGACGCAGCCAUCAUGGCCCCUUACACAUCCGCGUUUUCCUCAACCAACCCACCACCCCAAUCCAACCCCUCCAAAAGCAGGCAAAGGAGGAUACGCAGGCGCCUCCAGCAGGCCGCCACCUACGGCAAACCCUCCCGCAAAGUCCGCGCCCAGAUCCGCCAAGCAAAGACCGAAAGAUCCCUCGAGCAAAACACCCACAUCGUCUACGCAACCAACGACCCGGACAACGACGCCACACCUCCCACUCCAAGCCCACCACCCAACUCCCUCCCCUCACACUCCCCCUUCCCCUUCCUCGCCGCCCCCCGCGAGAUCCGCCAACAAAUCCUCUACCGCACCAUCUCCUUCGCCGACCUCGCACAGCACAGCGUCCUGGAAAUCGCCAAAGCAGUACAGGAAUUGAGUACCGUGCACCCGUGCAUAGCUGCGGAUAUGGAGUAUGUGGCUGAAUUGUGGGCCAAGGAGCGCGAGGAGAGCGUGCGGCUGCGGGAUCUGGAGCGCGCGGAUGUGCAGCGGCUUUUGGACUCGAACGAUGAGUUUUUGAGGCGUGAGCUUGGGGUUGUUGGGGAUGUAGCUGCGCGGAGGCGGAGGAGGAGGGAGGAAGUGCCGGUUGUUGUUGGUGGUGGUGGUGGUGGUGCUGCCAGGAUGUUCAAGAGGGUUAGAAGGCCGCGGAAGUGCUGGAAGUGUGGGGAGAGGCAUUUUGGGAUUACGGUGAGGUGUCCGCGGGAGCUGAGAGAGAAGGCGCCGUGGUAUGCGCUGAAUAUCAAGAAGUAGCGAGGAAGAAAUUGGAAGGGGUAGGGAAGGGGUUAUAUGAAUCGCAAGAUUGACUCUG